UUUUCUUUCUUCCCAUAAAAGAAAACACGCUCCUCUGUUUUAUAGAAGGUGUAUUAUCACUAUCCAUUUUUUUCUUCGCUGCUUCAAUUCAAUCUCUCUCCCUUCCAAUACAAAAAUAUCUAGAGACCCUCUUCAUCCUCAUCCUCAUCCUCAUCCUCAUCCGUUUCAUUUCUUGUUAUUUUCGUUUGUUAAUUCGUUCGAUUUCUGUAAAAAGAUGUUGUUGAAGUCUUGUAUGGACAGCCUGUAUUUCGCCUCCGACGAAGAUUUCCAAGCGCUUGACCGGAUCUCUAGACUAAUGAAGGUGCCCCAACGGAUAACCGACUCCGAAUUCGAAUCUGACUCUGUAUCAAACCCGAAGCGCCGGAUCAUUGUAGCUAACGAGCUGCCGUUGAUAGCGACGUACGACGGGGAGAGAAAGAAAUGGGAUUUUCAAUAUAACAAGGACAGUCUUGUUUUACAACUGAAAGAUGGGUUCCCGGACGACGAGGAGGUUCUUUACGUGGGUUGUGUGAAGGCUGUUAUUGAUCCGGAAGAUCAAGAUGAGGUUUCUCAGGUUCUGCACAACGAUUUUGGGUGCUACCCUGUGUUUUUGAAUCCUAGAAUUCAACACGAAUUCUAUGAUGGGUUUUGUAAGCACUAUUUAUGGCCUCUGUUUCACUCUCUAUUGCCCAUGACACAGAGCCAGACCAUGGCCUACAAGCAUGAACAGUGGAUGGCGUAUGUGUCAGUGAACAUGGAUUUCACUCGCAAGGUCAUGGAGGUGAUGGAUGGUGACCAGGAUUUCGUUUGGGUUCAUGAUUAUCAUCUUAUGUUGUUGCCUACUUUUCUGAGGAAAGACUAUAAUAGGGUCAAGCUUGGGUUUUUUCUUCAUAGUCCAUUUCCGUCCUCUGAAAUCUACAAGACGAUUCCGGUGCGUGAGUAUAUAUUGAGGGGGUUAUUGAAUUGUGAUCUGAUAGGAUUUCAGACAUAUGACUAUGCUAGGCACUUCUUGUCUUGUUGUAGGAGGAUAUUGGGGAUUGAUUAUGAGUCUAAGAGGGGUUACAUUGGUUUAGAUUACUAUGGUAGGAAUGUGAGCAUUAAGAUUCUGGCUGCGGGGAUUCAUAUGGGGCAGCUUCAAUCAGCCUUGUCCUCGGAGAUUACGGUGGAAUUGGCAAGGCAAUUGAAGAAGAGAUUUGAAGGAAAGAUUGUGAUGGUGAGUGUGGAUGAUUUGGAUAUAUUUAAGGGGAUUACUUUGAAGUUUGAAGCAAUGGGAACUCUUUUGGACCGAUUUCCGAAAUUGAGAGGGAAAGUGGUUUUAGUCCAGAUUGUGAAUCCAGCUAGGUGUGCAGGACAGGAUGUGGAUGAUAUGAGAACUGAGGCAUUCAGUAUUGCGAAACAGAUCAAUGGCAAGUAUGGAAAAGCGGGUUACGAACCUAUUGUGUUCAUUAAUAGAGCUUACAGCACAAUAGAGAAGGCUGCUUAUUAUGCUAUUGCUGACUGUUGUGUGCUCAAUGCUAUAAGGGAUGGAAUGAAUUUGGUGCCUUACAAGUAUACAGUUUGCAGGCAGGGUAGCCCUGCUUUGGACAAGGCAUUGGGCAUCGAUGAGGAAUCCACAGCUUCGAGGAAAAGUGUUCUCAUCGUGUCUGAAUUUGUCGGUUGCUCCCCUUCUCUUAGCGGGGCUAUUCGAGUGAAUCCAUGGGACAUUGAAGCUGUGGCUGAUGCUAUGCAUCAAGCUGUCACAAUGAAGGACAAUGAGAAACAAUUACGCCAUGAGAAGCAUUAUAAGUAUAUUAGCUCUCAUGAUAUAACUUAUUGGACUAGAAGUUUCCAUCAAGACCUUGAGAAAGCUUGUGCGGAGCAUGACAGCAAGAGGUGUUGGAGCAUGGGGCUUGGCCUUUCAUUCCGGGUUAUUUCUUUGCCACCUGAAUUUAGAAGGCUCAAGGAGUGUACCAUUGUCGAGGCUUAUAAGAAGACAGAUAGCCGGUUGAUUCUUUUAGAUUAUGAUGGCACUAUGACGGCAGGGGAUUUUGUAGACAAAACACCAGGCAAGGGCGUUAUUUCGGUCUUGAAUCGUUUAUGUAGCGAUCCCAAGAACCUUGUUUUUAUUGUGAGUGGCAGAGGUAAGGAUACUCUAAGCAAGUGGUUUUCUCAAUGCGAGGGAUUGGGUAUUUCUGCUGAGCAUGGCUACUUCACAAGAUGGAAGAAGCAUUCUCCAUGGGAAACCAGCUCUUUGUCGACGGAUUUGCAGUGGAAGAAGGUUGCAGAACCUGUGAUGCAGAUUUACACAGAGAGAACUGAUGGCUCUUUCAUAGAGGAGAAAGAGAGUGCAAUUGUAUGGCACAUUCAAGAUGCAGACAGUGACUUUGGCUCUUGGCAGGCGAAUGAACUUCUCAAUCAUUUGGAGAAUGUCCUUGCCAAUGAACCUGUUGUUGUCAAGAGUGGCAAAGAAAUAGUGGAGGUGAAACCACAGGGGGUCAGUAAAGGAUUGGUAGUGGAAAAACUUAUUUCAGCUAUGAAAAGUAAGGGCAAGACACCUAAUUUUCUGUUGUGCAUAGGAGAUGAUCGUUCUGAUGAAGAGAUGUUCGAGACCAUUGAUAAUUCAGUCACAACCCAUUCCUUGCCAGCCAAUGCUGAAGUGUAUGCUUGCACUAUUGGUCAGAAACCAAGCAAGGCAAAAUACUUUGUCGAUGAUACUGAUGUCGUCCUGAAGAUUCUUGAUAGUCUAGCCAAUAAUUCCGUAGGACUGAAGCCUGUGAGUUUUCAGGAAACCGUUGUAAAUGAAAUUAGGCACCAACAUGAGGAAAAAACAAUAGUGAAAGACAGUGAACCUUGAUUUUGCAACGGUAUUGUUGCUCCAUUAUCUCAUCCUUGGUGAUGAGGAGGAGGUAAUGGUUUAGGGCUAAUGAUAGAAAUAGCCUUGUAUAUCAAGUUUUUUACAGUUUCAUCUCAAAAUUCAAUACACAAGACAUUGUGGGCAUGGCCUGAUUGA